AAAUUCAUACAUACCUAUUACGUACAUACAUUUGUAUAAACAAAAAAAUAUAUGAAUGCACUUUUUUAGCUCCGCAAAUACCAAUUUGCACACUGUGCUGCAUAUCGUGAUGUUACACUUCGGCAACGAUAAUAUUAAACGUCAGAUCGCAUCGCGUCCGUUAAAAAAAUUAAAACGGAUAUGUCGGAUACAGAGCUUAUCAUAAAAAUUAUAAAUGCUGUAAAGCAACGCGAUUGCCUGUGGAAUGUACAUUCCUCUGAAUAUGCAAAGCGAGACAAGCUGGAAAGGGCUUGGCAAGAAGUUGCCGAUGAUGUAGGCAGACAAGAUGUAUUUUGUCGUGAGAAGUGGCGCAAUGUACGCACGGGUUUCCUACGAAGCAUUCAAUACAAUAGUAAUAUGUGUUCCGACAACAAUGAUAGUACUGAAGACUUGCCCACACCACGUCGUAAACGUUUCUACUUGUAUGAUGAAAUGAAGUUUCUUUUGCCAUCAACAGAAACCAUAGGACAAACGAAAAAGAGACGAAAGCUUUCUCGUGGUAUCAAAGCGAAAACAUCCUAUGACGAUCUGCCUAGCGGAGAUUGCGGUGACAUCGCUAUACAAACGCACACUGCCCACGAAGAUACUAAACAGUACAGCAACACUGAUGUCAUACAAAAUACUGUCGGCGGCAAAUAUAUUGAAAUAUUAAAUGAGCUCACAACUAGCACACCAAUACCAUUGACUAGGCAAUCUCUUGUAUCCGCUACAACAACAACAACUAGGCAAUCUGAUGCAGCCCUCUCAAUGAAAAUCAAUCGCCAAUCUCCACAUCUCUCGACCGAUAAUACAACAGAUGAACCAAACAUGCAUUCAACUACGCUAGUUGGGUACACGAUUGAUGCAAAACGCGAAAUUGAAAAUAGUACAACAGUUUCGGAAUCAUUCAAUUGUACUGCAAAACGUAACGAAUGCGACAAUCGAGAUGAGCAGCAGUUAUUGGCCUUUUUCCGUGGCAACAUCGAUGAUAUAUUAUCGCUUCCACGUUAUAAACAACGUUUGUUUAAGCGACGUAUGCUGGAACUUAUCGAUGAUUUACAUCAUCCGGAAAAUGGGGUUUCAACUAACCGCUACUGCUAAGAAAAAAAAAGUCCGGUUUGCAUAGUUUUUAUUAAUCCUUAAACAUUAGAAAAUGUUUUGUACUACAUUCCGCUAUUAAAGUUAAAUGUAUGGUUUAAUUAUUUGAUCGAAAAAAAAAUCGAUACGAAUUGUUAAA